AGGCAAAAGAAGACUCUUAGGUCGUUGAUUCAAAUUCUACCUAUAUUUGCAUUCACUUAAUGGUCAAACCUACAAUGGAAUUGACUCUAACAUCCGAUCCGGCCGGAGGAAAGACUUAUUACUACAAGGGCUUGUGCCAACCAACAAGAAGGGGACGGAGCAAAGACAUCUCUUGGCCAGAACCGGACAUUGCCCUUUACCAUCUCACCACUAGGAGACUGGGACUCGAGGCGUGUUGGUGUGGAGAGAUGGGUCACUCUUGCGCAUCUCGCGCUGUGGUGAUUGGUAGAGGAGCCGAGCGAAAUGACCAGCAACAGGAGGAUGAGAUGCCGAGGAAUUUUGGUGCUAAUCCCACAGGACCAAUCCCGUUGUUUGGGCCAGCCGAGAAGACAGACAGCGCACUCAGGACUAGGCCCGUACAAGAAAGAGUUGAUUGCCCGAAAGAGGGCAGCGCCUCGCCUCAAAACCUGUGUGGUAGCAUUACCCCGGUGCAAGUGUCUCCUCUUUGGUUGCGGGCCUUAGCUGGAUCUGAAUCAGUGGGCGGAAUCGAAGUGUCCGUGAUGGUAGUGGUGGAUCGCUUUUCUAAGUAUGCUGUGUUCAUAGCAGCGCAACAUGCAUGCACCGUCCAUGAUGCUGCGGAGUUGUUCCUUAAGCAUGUGGUCAAAAUCUUUGGCUUGCCCAGGGAUAUUGCUCUCGGGUGCCUUCAAAAGGAAGUUCCUCCACUAAAUCGGAAUCUGACUCACAAGUCGAAUAGUCCUCAGCCAUGGAGAAAAGCGGGGCAAAUUGGACAAUACCACCAUAACUUUGCUUCUUCACUCGAGUUGCCUCCUUCACUGUUUACGCAUGUUCUAAUAGUCGAGUUGCUUGUUGCUAAACGCACCCUAUGGUUCCAUCCCUGUAAGAGAAUCAAAGAAGCAGGAAGACAUGGGUAUUGGUACCUGGGGCAAAGAGUAUACAAAUCGUUGGUUCGGGAGCACACUCACUCGGAACUAUUCUCCUCCGCUAAAGAGAAGGUUGAGUCACAGGUUCGGAUGGAGCCCCGAGGGCUUAGGGUAACUUUAGGGCAUAUGACCAAGUCGAUAACUCAGAUCUGUCAACGAAGAUGUCCACCGCCUGUUACCCAGAACAAUUCAUCUACCAACCCAGAAGGGAGAUCUUCCCAUUUUGGUAUCGGGAUAGCGAAGCAACGAUUAUCUUCAAUCGAAAAUCAAGGUCUGGCGAAGUCUUGAGGGCUGAGGGCACAGGUGAGAAAGCUCAGAUGAUAGAAAAGGACCUUCUUUGACAUUCGAGAGUCGAAAGCCCUGCUGCUAAGAUGGCUCCUAGGUGAAAUAAAGGAUGGAGUGGUCU